AUGGUCAUAGUUCAGCACCAACGAAACCGCAACUGUUCGCUGCAGGAUUGGAAUCCCCAGGGGUUCCCUGUUCUACGAUCAACUGAGGUUGGGGGAUUCAAGUUGAGGGGAACCUUCAACCACAAUGCAGUGGCUCUCGUCUGCAUCGGAGAUUUGUCCGAUAUCAAGCUGCUCGAGACAGGCUCACUUUUCCACGAAAAAAAUCUUAAUUACCAAGGAAAAACGGCUGUGGUGAAGCAAACUGCAAAGGUGUUCUUUCGGGUCGAGGAGAGGGCAUUCCUUGAGUUUGCCUCCAAGUACAAUUUGAGCCUAAAGUUCAUAGAUAAAAAUGAUAGUAAGCCCUUUGAUAUUGAGAUGACUUCCCGAUUUCUUGGCAAAGAAGAGCUGCCUGCACUUGUGGGCUAUUUAAGUCCGAGGCUCUCGUCGUCCUUGAUUGCAGUCGUUCCCUGCCGCGAAGAGAAGAGCAUCAAGGAAGUCUUCAAGCAGCUGGACCUUCAGAAAUGCCUGUUCUACAUUAUUUGCAUCUACGUUCUACUCGUCCUGGUGGAGACCUUUUUGCAAGUGGUUACCCAUCGGAUUUCGGGUCGGACAUACACCAUUUCUAGUAUAAGUUCUUUGGUGAACCUGCGAGUUUUUCGCGCCAUUCUGGGCAUGCCCUUUCCAGUCCACGAAAGGGCGUUCUCCUCGCUCCGCCAGCUCUUUUUCGCCAUGAGUGUUUUCGGGAUGGUGGUUAGUAGCUUCUUCGGCUGCAAGCUAAGCGCCAUGCUCACAAAGCACCCGUUAAGACCGCAGGUUACCAAUUUCGAGGAGUUGCGGGCCAGCGGACUUACGGCUCUCGUUGACAUACAUAUGAAAUCUUACAUCGAGAACGAAAUCGAUUCGCAGUUUUUUCAGAAGGUUAUGACUAAGGUUGAGUUUUUGCAAAAAUCCUUUUCGUUCAUGAAUAUAAUCGAGGGAAGUGUAUCUUAUUGCACCUCCAAGGACCUGGAAAUCAUACAUAAUAGCCCCAAGAUUCACAUCCAGCACAACAACUCCAUAUACAUACAUCUGGCCGAUGUCCAGAAUUUUGCUUUGGAUCUAUGA